CUUGUCACCGGAGCAGACAGAUGUAAACAAAGAGUAGUCGUUCUGCAAGUCUUUUCCUCUUUCUGGUCCUAAUUUGAUCCAAGUGACAAGAUGACAGAUGUCAGCGGAGAGAUUCUGGCUUCAGUUAUAAAGUGUGUCAAUUUUGCUGCUUUAAAACACAAAGAUCAGAGACGAAAAGACCCCGAAAAAACUCCUUACAUAAAUCAUCCCAUUGGUGUGGCCUAUUUAUUAGUGGAAGGAGGUGUUAGAGACGUAGAUGUCAUACAAGCAGCUUUACUCCAUGACACAGUGGAGGACACAGAUACAACAAAUGAAGAACUUGUCCAGGAAUUUGGUCCAGAAGUAGCUGGUAUUGUGGCAGAGGUAACUGAUGACAAAAAUCUUGAUAAACAAGAAAGGAAGAGACUGCAGAUUGUACAUGCUGCUGAAGCCUCACCCAAAGCUAAAUUAGUCAAACUUGCAGACAAGUUGUACAAUUUACGUGACUUGGAUCGUACAACUCCCUCAGGCUGGACCCAAGAGAGAGUGCAAGAGUACUUCCAUUGGGCCUCACAAGUUGUUGCAGGCUGUAGAGGAAACAAUUCUUUCCUUGAGGGUGAACUGGACAAGUUAUUUAUAAAAUGGAAUGUUAGUGUAUAACUAGAAGUGGGAUUUAACAUUUUUGUUUUAGAGUACUUAUAUAGCUUUCACCUGUUGAGAAAUGGUUUGAGUAUUUGCAAAACUUAUUAUGUGCAACUUGAAGAGGCAAGAGUGUGCUUGCUAUUUUAUGAUUUACAUGAGAGUUGUUUAUCAAUAAAGCAUUUUUGCCCAGAAAAAGAAGUGAACAGUCAAGAAAUAUAGUACAAAACCUUUUGUUACUCUUCAUUGUUUACAUGAAAAAUAAAAAUAAAUUUUCAA